AAGCCUUGAAGUAUGUUGAAAAACAUUAGAUUAGUGUGAUGUAUUCUGCACAACAAGUUUGAACGUUUGCCCGAAACUUUAAACAAAAUAAAAUAUAACAAGUUUUCAGUUAGACGUGUCAAUUUAUUUGUUAUUAUAUUUUGUCCAAGUUUUCUUCUCACGUUUUGCGGAAAACAUUCGUUCGAGUUAUAAACUAUAAAGUGACCAUGGGUACAGAGAAGACUGAUCCAAGAAUUUUCAAACCUUUUGGAAAACCUCAGAUAACUCCCUUUGGGGUUCUUUUACACGGGCUAAAACCAGUUCUUCAGGAUGCACGGGGAAGGAAGAUUUUAGUGUUAGGCAUUUUCAACACUGUUUGUACAGUUAUAUUACUAGUGUGGUGUAAAACAACAAACAGUAUAGGACUUACUGCAUACACGUAUUUGGCAUUGUUUGACAUACUCAGUUUAGCAACUUGCUUGCUCAGUUUAUGGGUAGAACAACAGAAGCCUAAUGUGGUAUUUACAUUUGGAUAUGAACGAUUUGAAGUGUUAUCGGUGUUUGCAUCAACUAUCCUUGCUCAGUUAAGCAGUCUUUUUAUCGUGAAAGAAAGUUUGGAACGUUUUCUUCAGCAACCAGAAAUUCAUUUAGAGAGAUUUUUGCCAGCUUUGGCUCUUGCAUUUUUUUGUCACCUGGUGGUUUGUUAUGGAAUGAAUAAUAGAGCAUUCAAUCAUGUUACUGCAGCCUCAGGAUCCAGCUGGCUUCAGGAACACGUAGCCGAAAUGAGCCAAAGUAUUUGCCACAUAAUUCCUGGUUUGAGUACCUUUCUUCUACCCCGAGUGAAUCCCUUUGUCUUGCUGGGUUGGACAGGAGGAGCCACAUUGUUUGCAUCUCACUUGUUGAUAGAAGUUUACAACUAUUCUCUGGCAGAUACUAUAGCUGCUAUAUUCAUAGCUAUGAUGGUGUGUGUGACCAUGUUUCCAAUGAGUGUGUAUAGUGGAAGGAUUUUGUUACAGACUACACCCUCGUACAUUAUUGGGCAACUCGACAAAUGUUUGCGGGAAGCAUCAACUUUGGAUGGAGUUCUCGAGUUUCGAAAUGAAUGUUUCUGGACACUGGCAUUUGGAGAUUUGUCUGGGACAGUUCACGUAAGGGUCAGAAGAGAUGCCAAUGAACAACUAGUCUUAGCUCAUCUAGUGGAUCGACUUUCUAAUCUCGUAUCAGAUCUGACCAUUCAGGUUUUCAAAGAUGAAUGGGCAUGGAGCACAACAACCUUACAGGUUCUUAAUGAAUCGGCACUGAAAUUUCCUUCCUUAGCCCCCAGCAUAACCAGUACGAUAUCGCUAACAACGAGAUCACCCGUCACGACAGGAUAUCCUAGUUUGUAUGGUGGUAAUUCUCAAGUACAAAAGAUUCCACCACCUCAGACUCUUAAUCCACCAAGUUUCUCUCCCACAUCAUGGAAUCAGCAGUUUGGUUUUUCGUCGACUUACCUUUCUCCAGCUUCAGCAAGACAACCACUGGACGUAAAAACUAAGAACUAUAGUCCAUCACAAGGAAUUAACCCUCCUCCUUUAUAGUCUAAUUAUAUUAAUCUUCAAGUUGUUUUUAAAGUAACACUAUUCAUGUUUUUUGUCGUACUGGCCAGUCAAAGAAAUUUUAUGUUUAUACUCAAAGGGUCAUGUAAGUUAUUUCUUUUAAUCAAAAACCAGUAUUAAUAAUUAUAGAAGUAUCGUACUUCUUCAAAGUUCUAAGAAAACACUAAGGUGAGCUCUAUUUUACAUGAAAUGCGAGUCCAAAAAUUGGUAUUCCUUUGAUAUCCUGAUCUUUUCUGAAACUUUACCACAACAAGGCAUAAAAGAACGAGUCUUUAUAAUAACAUAAGAGUAGAAUGCAGUGGUUGACAGUUUAUAUUUUUUAUGCAUGUACAAUUUUGAUUGUAAAAGGUUUAUUGAGUUAAACAGAUCUGAUGAUAAUAAAUAUUUGUAAGUUUUCCCCAGUUCUGUAAUUAUGGAGUUUCACCAAGUACUGAGGGUUGUAAGUAGUAAGUACAUUGCUUACAAAUUAACCUUCUGUAAGUUAUGAUUUUAUGUCAUCACAGUAUAAUCACAUGUUUAUAAUUUAUUUACUGAUAUUACAUCAGGUUAUCCAUGAAUCUUUCUCCCACUGUAAGCCAUCUGAGCACAUUAAGUAAAAAAUGGUAGCAGCGAGAUAUCAAAGUUAACUGGUCAGCAGUUCCAUCAGGCCUACUCCGUUGGAGAUUGUUGAAAAUGAAGUGUUUGUUCAUCCUGAAAUUUUGUAAAACUUUUUCUUACUGUUGUGGUUUAGGAUUUGUUCUUUAGAGCAGCAACCCAAGAAUCACAAGUAACUGUGGAAGAAGAGUUCUCUAUAUUUGUUUAAUUCAGGCAAUGUCCGAGACACUCGUGCCCAAAUUCCAUCUUGAUACAGAAAACCAGAACAAUUCAUGGUUUUGAAGGUACUUUAUCCAUUGUGAAGUAAUAUUGAAUUAGAACAAUAUCUGCAGUAGGAUUUAUUAAAUAUAAAUUUCCAGAAAUAUCAAAAAGAAUAAAAUCUUCGUAAACAA